AUGCCGCGAUCGAGACUGGCCGAUGUGACGCAAAGCCUACUUCUCCCUCCUCAGAAGGUCUUCCCCAUUCAAGUUGGCGAUAAAUUAUUUAGCUUGUCGGGCGCCUCAAUUUCAUCUGACGCGCCUUCGUAUAUUUCGCAGUACUUUGUAGAGCAGCUUCGACACAACAAAGACGCGGCGGAGGUCCGCACCCUCUACAUCGACCGCGACCCGGCGACAUUUGCAGACAUUGCACUGCAUCUUCAAGGCUACCAUAUCGAGCCGCGAGACGGACCACAUUUUGUCAAGUUGUUUACAGAUGCACAGUCCUUUUCAUUACCCCGAUUAAAAGCCCGCCUCUUCUCCUCCACAAUCUACAUCCGCAUUGGCGACGAAGAGUUCCAAAUCCCUCGCGAUCUCUUCAAUAGCCCCGGCGACUCGCCGAAUUACUUCUCGCUAGGCUACUCCGUCUUCUUCGCAACCCCAAGAGAUCCGCUCCCAGGCUCGUCCCCGCAAUCCCCUCUUCGUCCACCCUCCAUUCUCCCCCCAACAGUCCCGGGCCGCUCCUCCAAAACCUUCGCCGAUCUAUUGCACGUGCUGAAAGGCUAUCCCGUCGAGAUCCGCAACGAGCAACAUCGUAACGAGCUGCUCCGCGACGCUCGAUACUAUCAUCUCAAAGGCCUGGAGCAGCGCCUCAUCCCGCACCACGUCUCUUACAACCUGGCCAGAGAGACGGCCGAGAUCGUCAUUCGCCUGCAAGACCUACGGCAAUCGGGCGUCUCGUUUGUCGCAGACUCGGAUUCGGCGGAUUCGCCCAACCCCGCCUCUCCCGCCAGUAGCUCGAGCACGACCAAUCCGGGCCCAGGUUGGGUGUACUACCAGCGACCAUACGUGGACUCCGAAGCGAGCAGUCUGAUCAUCGAAAUCGAUGACGAAGAGACGGCGGUACUCACGCUCUCCCCGCGCCGAGCUUCUUCCUCCCCCGCUGCGGCGACGACAGGCCAGAUUACAUUCCACCGACAGACGCUCGCGCGCAUCACGAGUCUCCUGACCGUCAUAGCCAAUAAGAUGAGUCUUCCCGUCACGCAGCCACUAGGACUCAGAAUGCUGGAUCGCGGAGCCGCGACGUCGGCAUCGCCGUCGGUAGAGGCGCCGAGUCCACCGGCUGGCCCGGGCAGUACAGGGCUCAGUGAGGAGGACGUGAAGGUGCGGAUUGGAGCCGAUGCGGACGUGACGCUGAACGGGCGGGCGUGGCGAAUUAACGUCGCCCAAGGCGAAGAUGCAGAAGCGGAGGAAGAAAGCCCCAUGGACGUCGACGACACUACGGGUCAAGCAUCCUCAUCAGUAGCUCGAGGCAAGAAGCGGAAACUCGACGACAACGAUGACAGCAACGACGACGACGAAAGUGAAGGUGAAGAGUGGAUUGUGCGGAAAGCGCAGUGGAGGCUUCGCGUGCAGGUCGCGCCUAGCAGUAUUUCGGGGCUGGAGGUUGUGUUGGGGGCGGUGAAGAUUGACGCUUUUACGAAUGAGAGGGCGCGGAAUGCGGCGCGGGGUUUUUUGGGUUGA